AUGGCUGAAAACGACGAUUACACUUAUGAUUACGAAUAUUUAUUCAAAAUUGUCUUAAUUGGUGAUUCAGGUGUUGGUAAAUCAAAUCUUUUAUCCAGAUUCACUCGUAAUGAAUUCAAUUUAGAAUCAAGAUCAACAAUUGGUGUUGAAUUUGCAACAAGAACAGUAGAAAUUGAUGGUAAAAGAGUUAAAGCACAAAUUUGGGAUACUGCAGGUCAAGAACGUUAUAGAGCUAUUACAAGUGCUUAUUAUAGAGGUGCUGUCGGUGCUUUAUUAGUUUAUGAUAUUUCAAAAUCUGAAUCUUAUGAAAAUGUUAGUAAAUGGUUAAAAGAAUUAAAAGAAAAUGCUGAUGAAAAUAUAGUUAUUGAAUUAGUUGGUAAUAAAUCUGAUUUAGAUCAUUUAAGAGCUGUUCCAACUGAUGAAGCUAAACAAUUUUCUGUGGAAAAUCAAUUAUUAUUUACUGAAGCUUCAGCUUUAAAUGCUGAAAAUGUUGAUUUAUCUUUCCAACAAUUAUUAAAAUCUAUUCAUGAUAUGGUUUCAAAACAUCAAUUUGAUAUGACUGAUUAUUCUGGUCCAAAACCUUCAGGUGGUCCAACUAUAUCUUUAACUCCAACUCCAGGUAAUGAACAAAGUAAAAAUAAAAGUAAUUGUUGUUAA